AUGGAAAUGAAAAGCAUCCUAAAGCGUGAGAAAAAGGUGAGCAUACUGCUCACUGGGGAGGAUGGCAACACCACCCAGAGCAGCUCCAUCGGGGCCGUACGCUGGACCCUGCCUUCCCUUGAUGAAAGCGCCCAGUCUCACAGCUCGGUUCCCAGCAGGCCCACCAACCCCAACAGCCUCGUUAAACACUCACAGCACCAAACGCGUCAAAAUGACCUGAAAAAUCUCCGCAGCCUGCAGGAGUGUGUGCAGUUUAUCCAGCACUGGAAGGAACAGGUGGACCAAGUGUGCAAGCACGGCGCUGUGGAUCCGGAGGAAGGCACCAAGAAAGAGGCCCAGAGUUCACACAGGCAUGCUGAACACAGUCUCGAGGAGAGCAGGAAGCUGAUCCUGCAGUGGGCCGAUGAGCUCCACCAUGUUGACACGAUCCUGAAGGAGAGGCCUUGGAUAUCUGAGAGUCAAGAACAGGAAGUUAAAGACAAGGAUGCCAAUGAGGAAGCACACAUGAGGAUCAUGGAGUGGGCAAAGGAGCUGCAGGAGGCGACUGAGAGAUUUGGCGUUCAGAGCGAGGAGCUGGGUAAAAUGCUGCGUCUGCUGGGCCUGAAGAAGAACCGGCUGGUCAGGCUGAUGCCUCUGCUGGAGUUCAUCACCUGGUCUCUGCUCAAAGAAGGAAGCAUGAAAGUUGUUCCACAGUUAUGGCUGCUGGUAAAGCAAAGGUCCUGGGAAGCAGGAAUUCCUAGAUACAUCCCCAACUCAGUCUGGAGCUGGAUCUGCAGCGCAGCAGCUGAUGUGAUUCUUGAUCCCAUGACCAACAACCCGUGGCUGCUGCUUUCAGAUGACCAGCGUAAAGUCCAGGAGUCCCACGUGGUAACAGAGCUGCCUCACAGCUCCCAGCGCUUUGAUGACUGGCCCUGCGUGCUCGGCUGGGAGGGCUACAGCAGCGGACGCCACUACUGGGAGGUGGACAUAGCCAACAACGGCUACUGGCGCGUGGGCCUCACCACCGCUGACUCCAAGCGGCAUGGGAAAUUCCCCAUGACGCCAAAGCGGGGCUACUGGGUGCUGUGGCGCAGCACGCAUAAAUUCUAUGCCUGCAGCAAGCCAGAAAUGGAGCUUCCCCUCAGCCUCGUGCCACGGCGCGUCGGAGUCUACUUAGACUACGACGAAGGCCAGAUCUCCUUCUACAACGCAGAAACCAAGACCCACAUCUACACCUUCACUGGAACCUUUAAAAAGAAGCUGUACCCUCUGUUCGCCCCGAUGGAUGGUCGCACACUCAUGACCAUCAUCCCGCCACACAAGAUCUCAGGAAAAUGA